CAGAGGGGAGCAGGGAGAGUUCAGGACCAGGGAAGCCCCCCCCCCCAAAAAAGAGGGAGGGGGAUCACAUACAUAAAAGGGGGAAGAAAACAGGAUAGGUUGAAGGUAGUCUGCGGACCAGAGGGGGAAACCCAGAAGGAGUGGAAGAAAGCCCAGGGUAGGUGGGGGGGAGGCAGGUGAAUAAGAGAAGGUGGGAAAACAAGGAGAAGCCAGGGGGGCACCCCACAGCAAGCAAGGGGAGUGGGGACCAGAGAAGAAAGAGAGAGGAGAGAGAGCCAGGGAAGAGGAGGUGAGGAGAGAGGGAGAAGUUAAGUUAGGGACUUCUAAGCUCUCCUCCUCCCGCCAUUCUCCCUCCCCCAUCCAACUCCCACCCUCCCUUCGCCUUAUUCCCCAGCCGCCGCCGUCACAACCCCACGUCGCAGGGAGUCCCACAGCUCCUCCUCACCCCCUUUUGGAAGGGAGUCGGGGAGCGGGGUUUCUCGUGCUGCCCGUCCAGCCCCACGGAGUGAUCCGACCCCGAGUGGCCAAGCCCUCCCUCCCCCUCCUCGCUUCCCCGUCCACGCCGUCUCCAUCUUCCCCAUCUCAUCAACAUUGCGAGAGGAGGGGCGGGGGGGCAUCCCCUGGAGAAGGGGCGGGAGGAAGAUGGAGGGACGGGGGAGGAAAGAGAGCUAGGGAAGGGGGGGAGAGGCGAGAAGAUUAGAAAGCGAGAGGGGGCAUGGGGAGGGCAGAGGGCUUUCGGGGGUGAGAGGUGUUGUCUGACGCGCGCCCCCCCCACCCCAUCCCCAGGACUCACCGGACCACACGUGGAUCGCGGGGGGUGGCGGGGACCACCUCCAGAGGCUGCGCACCGGGAGGGGGGGCACCUCCACGCGGGAUGCCGAGGAGGGGGCGCCUCCUCCAGGUCUGAGACACCCCCGCCCCACAGCAGCCUCUUCCUGCUACUCCCAAACCACGAUGGGCACCAGCUUGGGGGGGCUUUGCCUGUUGGGAGUCCUGACGGCAACUUGUAUGGCUGUGCAGUUUGUUCCUGCAAAGACCUACGAGGACUGGUGGGCAUACAAGGAGACACUUCAUGGUAGCUUCGUGCCAGGUCCUCCAUUCUGGGGUCUUGUGAAUUCGGCUUGGAGUCUCUGCGCCAUUGGCAAGCGGCAGUCGCCCGUGGAUGUCAACACAAGCCAAAUGGUGUUUGACCCUUUCCUCCCUCCACUUCGACUAAGCACAGGUGGAAAAAAGAUCAGUGGGACCAUGUACAACACGGGACGGCAUGUCUCCUUCCGCCCAGACCCACUGCAGCUGGUUAAUGUUUCUGGAGGGCCUCUGCUGUACAGUCACCGCCUCCAGGAGCUGCGCCUGCACUUUGGCAGCGAAGACGGGUUUGGCUCCGAGCAUCGGAUAGACGGCGAGAGCUUCUCUGCCGAGGUGCAGCUGAUCCACUACAACCAAGAACUCUACCCCAAUAUCUCAGAGGCGUCACGCAAUCCCAAUGGUUUGGCUGUCAUUUCGAUCUUUGCUGACAUUGGACCAAGCCCCAACCCAUUCCUAACCAGGCUGUUAAACAGAGAGACCAUCACUCGCAUCUCCUAUAAGAAUGAUGCUUAUCUUCUACAUGACCUGAGUCUGGAAGAUCUCUACCCAGAUACUUUUGGCUUCAUUACUUACCAAGGAUCCAUGUCGACCCCUCCGUGCUACGAAACAGCCACUUGGAUCCUAAUUGACCGACCCAUCAACAUGACCUCUGUACAAAUACACUCCCUUCGUCUUCUCAGCCAGAACCUCCCUUCCCAAAUUUUUCGGAGCAUGAGUGACAAUUCGAGACCCCUCCAGCCCCUCCUCCAUCGAAGCCUUCGGGGCAACCGAGACCCACGGCGCCCCACUCGACGUUGCAAGGGGGGCAACUACAGGCUCCAUGUGGAUGGUACACGUCCUCCGAAAACUGUCAUGUAGCUGAGAUGUGCUGCAGCCAGUUGAAUGUUUAAGGGUGGCUGUGGCUCCUUCAGAAUUUGAUGUCUAACUGAGGAAGUUGCAACCUCCCACUUCUGGGUGACCAGACUGCUUUCCACCAUGCGAAAGGGGAAUAACAGGAUGCCUGUGAACAACAAUGGAAUGUAUGCCUCGGGGGUGUUUGGGACACACAUGCACACCCACACAAUAUGGCUUCCAGAGGUUUCUAAAAACGAGGCCAAUGGUAUUUAUCAACAGAACGUGGCAUACUCAAUUGAACAGCCAUAUCUUAAAAGGGAUUGGGCCUUCCCCAGACGCUUGAGGACUAGAGUCUUGUCCUCUUGACAUUGCCUCCCUGCUUAUUCCCAACCCAAAAGCAAUCGGCUUUUUGUUCAAACACACUCAAAAUCUCCGUGAAUCCAAAACAUGAGGGUGAGAGAAUGUAACCCAAAUUUGGGGCAGCACAGCCAAACUGCAUUAGGCAGACAACUGUUCCCCAGAUGUUACAAACACCUCAGAAGGUUUGGUUGGGCAUAUAAAUGUUGGAGACUAUUCCCCCAUAAUGUAUAAGGACACUCCCAAGAUAUUUGAGGGACAUUCUGUGAGCUUCAGGAGCCACCAGCCACAAAAAUUCAAGCAGGGUUGUUUCCUGUAUUAAUGUUCUGAACCUCAGGAAGUCAGGGUGUGGGACAGGAUAACACAAAAGAUACCCAGGAACAACCUCACAAAUCCUGAGCUGCUUUCAUUAUUUGGGGCAGAGAUGUACACAUGAAACUCCACCCCACUUUCUGUGCCAAUCUGAGGAAUUCUGGGGUGGAAAAUACAAACUGAGCCCCCUCCCAAAUCCUCAGCAUAUCUUGGGAUGUUUAAGAGAACAGAAAACACACACCAAGGCGACCAUCGUUUCCAGAUGGCUUUCAAUAACCUUAGCUGGGGAGCAGGGAGAGGGGGGAAUUUUGUUGCCAAAAGAAUCCACCUUUUGAAUACAGAUUAAUUAUUAAUUA